GGAGGGGUAUGAAUGUAAUAACAAGUACCUGAACGCAUCACCGUAGCAGCAGUAGCGUCCUCAGAGGUGACAGCGGCGUUUCUUAUCGAUUUAACUGACUUUUAGUGUGUAAAACUGUGUUUAAAACAACUGAAUAGUAACGAAAUAGAGUAUAAUUUACUGGUGUUUUCUAUAUGAAUAAUACGGAAAGUGACAGGAAGGUGUUUAAGUUCGACUAACUUAAGCUAACUCUGCUAGCCUGACCAGAGCUCUGUUCAAAGUCGCUGCUGUGGUUUGUUUUCCAGAGAUAAAGAUGCAGACCAUCAAGUGUGUGGUGGUCGGUGACGGUGCAGUGGGGAAAACCUGUCUGUUGAUCUCCUACACCACCAACAAGUUCCCCUCUGAGUAUGUCCCCACGGUGUUUGAUAACUAUGCAGUGACGGUGAUGAUCGGAGGAGAGCCCUACACUCUGGGACUCUUUGACACUGCAGGUCAGGAGGACUAUGACAGACUGCGUCCUCUCAGCUACCCUCAGACCGACGUCUUCCUGGUCUGUUUCUCUGUGGUGUCUCCUUCCUCUUUUGAGAACGUCAGAGAGAAGUGGGUGCCCGAGAUCUCUCACCACUGUCCUCGGACGCCGUUCUUACUGGUGGGGACGCAGAUGGACCUGAGGGACGACAGCAACACUCUGGAGAAACUGGCUAAGAACAAACAGAGAGCCCUGACGUGUGAGAGUGGAGAGAAACUGGCCCGAGAGCUGAGGGCCGUCAAGUACGUGGAGUGUUCCGCCCUCACACAGCGAGGGCUGAAGAACGUCUUUGACGAGGCCAUCCUGGCAGCACUGGAGCCUCCUGACACCAAACCAAAGAAACGCUGUGUCCUCUUAUAGUCACUACACAGAAAAGGGGAGCAGCAGGAGGAAGAGGAGGAGGAGGAGGAGGAGGAGGAGGGGUUGGGGUUUUGGAGAGGUUAAAAAACGCACAGUGCCUUCAGAAACCAGAGCAUGAGAAGCUCAUGCUUAAAUCUCUUAUUGACAAGUGCCAGAGUCACAGGUUUGAAAUAAAUCACUGAUUUUCUCUAUGAGGUUUGGUGUUUACAAACUUCAGUUUCUCGUUCGAAAAAUCUAGCUUUGCGCUAAAGCCGUUCACUUUUGUCUAAAUUGUUAUUUUUAUUGAGUAAAGUUGGUGAAAAGUCAAAUCCAAACUAACAAUUGUGCUAAAAAAUGACAAAAGAAAAAGAAAAAAAAGAAUCAGAAGAAUUCUCCACAACAUUUUGAUCUUUAAAAGCUCCGUCGUCCUCACUGCUGCAGGUGUUUGCCUGCGCACGUGUCACGAGCGUGAGCAUGGAGUUUAGAAAAGUUCUAGAACAAAUGUGUAAGAAUGAACAUGAUUUGUGCUGAAUUCAAAUUAAAAAAAUUCACAUUUGUUUUUCUUAUUUUUUACCGUUUUGGAGAAUUUUUUUCAGAAACUAUUUAUAGAAUCUGUUUGUCCGUGUCUUUGUUUCCUGGCUUUCUAAAAUUCCCGGGGUGAAAUUAUUUACAGUUUUUUGAAAAAUAUUUUCAAGAAAUGUAACCAUGGUUUUUGUUGUAUAUUUAAUGAAACAAUAAUGAGCUUCUAGUAGGAACACGAUUCUUAAAAUCCAGGUGUGAAGUUCGAGGUUUGAAGUCGUGGGGAAAUAAAAAAAAAAAAUCACAACUUAA